AUGCCGUGUCUUCCAGGUCUUCACCAGCAGUAUUUGCAGGCCUGCCAGAGCUUGAGCCAGCCCGAAAACCCCUUCAUUGCUUACAUGCUUCAGGAAGCUGAUAAACAUGAUAAAACCAGAUGGACAAAAGGGAUUACAUUAAAAAUAGCUGGAAAUAAUCGUUUAGUACCAGUGCAGAGAGUUACAGAUGAAGAUCUUCAAGCUCUUGUUGCUGUCUUACAAAAUACUGUGUUUGUCACAGGCUUGGACCUGCGUUAUAAUGUAUUAACUGAUGAUGGAGCAAAGCAUAUGGCGAAAUUCCUUCAGGAGAACUCAACUCUGCGCUACCUUAACCUGAUGUUUAAUGAUAUUGGCACGAGUGGAGCAGAGCUGAUAGCAAGAGCACUCCAGCGGAAUGAAACACUUCUGUAUUUGAGAAUGACUGGAAACAAAAUAGGAAACAAAGGUGGGAUGUACUUUGCCUCAAUGCUGCAAAUCAAUUCAGUCUUAGAGAAACUAGAUCUUGGGGACUGUGAUCUGGGUACACAGAGUCUUAUAGCAAUAGCAACAGUCCUCACUCCACACGAGUCUGUCAAAGCAAUAAACCUGAACCGUCCCUUACUGCACAGCCAAGCGGAAGAGACCACAGUUCACAUAGCUCUGAUGCUGAAAACCAACUCUUCUCUUGUGGAAUUACAUUUGCGCAAGCAUGAAAUGAAAAAAUUUGGUGUAGAGAGACUAUGCGAGGCGUUGUAUGAAAACUGCAGCUUGAGAUAUCUUGAUCUUAGCUGUAAUAAAAUAACUCGUGAUGAUGUGAAGAUUUUAGGAGAUCUGCUAAAACGGAACCAAACCCUGCAAAUCCUAGAUCUUAAUUCAAACCGAAUAGAAGAUGUUGGAGCUGUCUACCUGAGUGAAGCCUUGGCAUUGUGCAACAGGACCCUUCAAGCGUUAGCAGUAGCAAGCAACAAUAUAAGCAGCAAAGGACUCAUAGCUCUUUCAGACUCCAUGAAAAAAAAUACGGAACUUUCUUAUAUUUACAUUUGGGGGAACAGUUUUGAUGAAGCUACUUGUAUGGCAUUUUCAGAAUUAAUUCGCAGUGGCCGCUUGAAGCCUCAUUGUACAGACGUGGAGCCAUACGAAGUGGAUGGGCACGUGCACCUCGCCGAGGUCUCCCACGGCCUCAGGAAGCAUUACUACUGGACACCCAGCUGGGCAAAGGCCGAGGACAAACACGCCAACGCCAGCCUUGCGCUCGGAGCUGUUUCAGAACACUUGUGA